GUUUCCCCCCCCCGUGUUUUCCCCCUCAGCACCGCGGAGCCGAAGCUGCGGUAACGCCUCUGAGCCCCGGCGGCCCAGGCGCCAAUAAACCCUGUGAAUUCGGGGGGAAUUCGGGUCUCAGACCCCGUGUAAGAGGAAUUAAGAGUUUGUUCUCCACUGACGCACAAGCAGCAGACGCUCUGAGGAGCUGUUCCCGCUCAGCAGACGUGGCUUUUCCAUCCCCGUGUCCCUCUGGACAGACGUGCAAAGGCCACGCAGAGAAGAUACGUAGCACAGGCUGGUUGCCACCCAGCCCCUUCCCCUGCCUGUCCCCCCUGGUCACUGCGGUGCCCCCGGACCCGCUGCCCACGUUGCUCAGCUCUCACCUUGCACCCGUCGGUCCCACUGAGACCUGCCCCUGUUUCGGUGGGACAUGCCGAGCGUUCCACCUGCCUCUCCUCUUUUCCAGCGCGGCGGGGGCUGCCCCGGGCUCCUGCAGCCUGCCCGGCCCUGCUCCUGGAUGGCUGCAGGCAGGCUGUCUGUCAGAUGCUGCUCACCAGACAGCUGGCUACCAAAAAAGCUAAAGGUAAAGGGCAGAGUCAAGCCAAAGUGAAUAUCAGUGCUGCCCUAGUUGAGGAUAUUAUCAAUUUGGAGGAAACCAGUGAAGACAUGCAGGCAGUGGUGGAAGCUCUAAAAGAAGAUUUCAGCAGAAAUCUCAGCGUUAGAACCUCACCAGGGGUCCUCGAUCAGAUAAUCGUGGUGACAAAGGACGGGAAGUUUCCGCUGAACCAGCUGGGGCAGAUCUCACAGAAAUCACCGCAGCUCCUCAUAGUGAACAUGACCAAUUUUCCAGAGAGCACAGCUGCAGCUACGAAGGCUAUAAGGGAGAGUGGCAUGAACCUGAACCCAGAAGUGGAUGGGACGCUAAUUCGGGUGCCGAUUCCUAAGGUGACGAGGGAACACAGGGAGAGCCUGGCCAAGCUCGCCAAGCAGUCCACCAACAAGUCCAAGGAGGCCCUGAGAAAGGUGCGAAGCAAAAGCAUCAACCAGGUAAAGAAGUUCAAGAACAAAGUGUCUGAAGAUACCAUCUGGCUGCUAGAAAAGCAGAUCCAGCAAAUGGCAGACAGCGCCGCAGCGGAGAUGGACAAACUGCUGGCAGCGAAGACCAAGGAGCUGCUUGGAUAAACACCAUCCCAAUGGACACACUCCCUCCUCGAGCAAGAACGGACUGUCACACACCCCGGGCAUCCCUGCCCAGAGUCAGGGGCCUCAGGUGAUGGGCAGGGGCAGCUCUGGCAGACCCUCUGGAGCAGAUCUGUGCUUUGAUUGCUCCAGGUCCCCACCUUGGAUGGUACUUGGGAGGGGGGAACUCUCCUGGCUGUUCUUCAUCCAGGUGGGUGAAUGAAGAUUAAAAAUAAAACAGCAGGAGGGAGAACUGGAGGCUGCUGGAAGGGCUCCCACGCAGAAGCUGGGGCACAGGAGGGACAACUGCCCUCCUCAUCUUGCACCCCAACCCAACAGCAUCCCAGCGCCUCACAGGAGCGAGGACCACACGCAGGGGAAACCUGUGCUGUCCUGCUGUGAACCUCAGUGUUUAUUUUUGGUUAAAAUAAAGUGAAAAUGAAACAUG